UUUUUCCUGGCUAGCAGUUCUCUGCCACUCCCCCUAAAAACUCACUUUUGCGGGUAAAAUAACUGGCAAUUUUAUUUUCUAAGGUUCAUAUUACUCAGUAAUCAGAGUGGGGUCCGGAGAAGAACCCCAACAACCCCGGAGUUGCUGGUGAGCAAACGGGUGCGGGUACCCGCAGAGCCCUUUGGGCUCACCGCUUUCUCUCCCAGCCUGGCGUCUGAGGGUUAACACCCCACAGGAGGAUGAGCGAAUGAGAGGAACAGCAGAGGCCUUGAAGAUAGAAAAGGAGGCUGUCAAGGCAAAGACAAAAGACAGGAGGCAUCGGGGUGAGGGCCUGGUCUGUAAUCGGUAGCAGGUGGGAUCAUUUUGCCAUCAAUAGAUUCAGUGAGGACACAGCUCCACGGGGCCUAUGCGGUACUAAAUGACAGCCCAAGGACUUGCGUGUGUACAGGUAUAGAAAGAACACCUAUCUUUUCAUCUAUUACUUAAUCCAGUUCUGUGGCCACUCAUGGAUAUUUACCAAUAUGACAGUGCGGUUCUUUUCAUUUGGAGAAGGUUCCAUGGUUGACACGUUUUAUGCUAUUGGUCUUGUGAUGCGCCUUUGCCAGUCCAUUUCCCUCCUGGAGUUGCUGCAUAUCUAUGUUGGCAUUGAACCAAACCAUCUCUUUCCUAGGUUUCUGCAGCUCACAGAGAGAAUAAUCAUCCUCUUUGUGGUGAUCACCAGUCAAGAGGAAGUCCAAGAGAAAUAUGUGGUGUGUGUUUUAUUCAUCUUUUGGAAUCUAUUGGAUAUGGUUAGGUACACUUACAGCAUGUUAUCAGUCAUAGGAAUAUCCUAUGCCAUCUUGACCUGGCUCAGUCAGACACUGUGGAUGCCGAUUUAUCCUCUGUGUGUUCUUGCUGAAGCAUUUGCCAUCUAUCAGUCGCUGCCUUAUUUUGAAUCAUUUGGCACUUACUCCGCAAAGCUGCCCUUUGACUUAUCCAUCUAUUUCCCAUAUGUGCUGAAAAUAUAUCUCAUGAUGCUCUUUAUAGGUAUGUAUUAUACCUACAGUCAUCUUUACUCAGAAAGAAGAGACAUCCUCAGAGUCUUUCCCUUUAAAAAGAAGAAAAUGUGAAGCACUGCAUUCCGAUGUGACAUAAGAAAAAAAUAGGCUUGUGGACUCAGCUGCAACAAACAACGCAGGAAGCAUUCUGGUGGGUGCUACUUGACACAACCCCAUGACAUAAUCGUUCUCCUCAAGCUUGAGACAAAUCACAGCAGUCUGUUAACCUCACAUAUUUUCAAAACGCAUAUCCUGCACAACUACUUUACCAAAGCUGUGGGUUUUAUAGAAGUUAAGUUUAUAUUGUGUGAAGCCUGAUUAUUUUCCUAUAAGGUGAAUGAGAAAUAGAUUAACUGGAAUGGAUUCAAUUAAAUUGAGAAACCAAAGUUGUUAGCCAGAAUUAUAUCUGUUUAACAGCAUCUAUUUCUUUUCACUUUGGAGUUUGUAAAUAGUGACUCCGCAGGAGGGCAAAAAUGUGAAAUAUGUUCUGCGGUUGUCUAGAAUAACAUUUUAUAGGCAGUUGUCUCCAUGGCCAGAGUUCACUCCCAUCUUACACGUUGGACACGCUUAGAAAAUUAUACAUUAAUAUUGGACUUUGAUGCCUUAAAAGAGAAGCCUAUGAAAACAGAAUGGAUCUUUAGUAAGUGUACAAAUAAUGCUCCAUAUUCCUUUUCUGGGGCAGGAGUUGAAAUCAGACCAUAUACUUACCUUACAGGGAGACAAAAAGUAAAAAAAACUACAGUAAAUUAUUUUAAAGGAGGCAAGGCACUUAAGAACUAGUGAUGUUUCAGAUUAUUACUGAAUUAUUAUUGCUAAUUACUAUGUCACAUAUAAGUCAUCACCUAGACUUUUGAAAACUCUUUGAAGAUUAAACUAUAUGUGAAUAAUUGACUAUUAUUAUUUCUGUAUCUAUUGGUAUAUAUUCACUUUUCUUGAAAGAGUUCUAGAAUCUGGGGCGCCUGGGUGGCUCAGUCAGUUAAGCAUCUGCCUUCGGCUCAGGUCAUGAUCCCAGGGUCCUGGAUCGAGUCCCCGCAUCGGGCUCCCUGCUCAGCGGGAAGCCUGCUUCUCCCUCUCCCCCUGCUUGUGUUCCCUCUCUUGCUGUGUCUCCCUCUGUCAAAUAAAUAAAAUCUUUAAAAAAAAAAAUUCUAGAAUCUUAUUAUCCAGUAACUAUAUAAAAAGGUCACU